CAAAUCCAUUUUCCCUCUUCCCAAAAACCCAUUUCGGCGAUCUUUCCUUCCUUCUUCAUUGAUAACUCAAAUAACCUUGGAAAUAGAUCCCUAAGAUUUUUAUCUCCAACCCACCACUCCUGCUAAAAGGCCACUUUUUUACCCUCACCCACUUCCCACUUGAAACCCUCAGCCAGCAUAUUCCUAUGUUUCUGAGACUGACCCCUUAUCCUAAUAAUAUCCCUCCAAAGCUUUGAUGUCCUCGCACACUCAAUUGCAGUGAUAUCUACCUCCCUCCUUCCUCCAUAGUAUUUCUCCCUCACUACCCUUUUCCACAAGCUGUCAACCCCAUCACCCAUCCUAUACCACCACUUCCCUAACAUUGCCCAAUUUUUUCUACGCAAAUCCGGCACCCCUAGACCCCCCUUCGCCUUAGCACUACAUACAUGGUCCCAUUUAACCCACGAAAUCUUUUUAUUUAACCCUGUUCCUCCCCAUAAAAAACACCUUUGAAUUCUAAUCAUCUCCGCAAGCACAACCUUAGGCAAUAAAAAUAACGACAUAUAAAAAAUAGCGAACAACCCAGGCAUGGAUGCCAUCUUUGUGUACACAAAGAAUGGACAUACGGCAUCACUCAUCUCGCAACGGUCCAUAUCCACCCAUAUUUGCCUUCACUAAUAAUAGUGACACCCGAAUGGCUCUAAAUCUGCGAUGGGUGGUUAUUCCAUUGCUUGUUGAUCUUUCAUAUGAUAUGGAGAGUAACAUCUCAAGAACCAUGGAUCUUAUGAAAAUAAAGAGAAUGGUGAAACCUCGAGAUGCUGUUUUGGUGGUUUCAGACUUAACUCCAUCCAUUCCAAAUCCGACUGCUUUCCAAGCAAUCCGGAUCAAAAAGUUUGACUAGCACUCUCCAUGAGAGGAAGUUGAUGUUGGUGAGUCCAGAAGGUGAAGGAAGUGCACCUUUAUGCCUUUCCUAUCCAUUUGUUUGGGAUUUGAUGACAACUGAUCGUUUAUACUAUUGAAAUUGUAUUGCAUAAAUUGUGCUUGGUUGC